AUGCCGAUCAUUACCACAACGACACGCACCACGCGCACGUACCACACCUCUUCCGGCGCCGGAUACCCAGCGUGAGAAACGAUUUUCAAUUCAGCGUCCCCAUUAAAAUUGCGAAAUAGUGAUGACCAAUCUGUUUGGAAGGCAUAUUUUUGAGAAACCAGUUGAAAAACGAAAAACGUUGGGUGGUGCCUUUCUCUUCGCUCAUCUUGGGGGCCAUCUGUGCCGGGUGCGUCACAUGUCACAAUUUAACAAAACCUCAAACAUCAGCCGAACGAUUGAGAUGAGUCAUUUAUUGUGCGGUUUUGAUGGACACGUUUGACCGUUUAGGCAAUUGUUCGAAAUUCGGGAAUUGUGAACAAGUACGUACUUGAAUAGUCAUGAACUUGGUUACACGCGUCAACAAUCGAAAUUUUUUGAUGUUCUGAACACCCCUUUUCAAAAUAGUUGUCUAAAAACUGACCAAUAACAACAAGUAUAGUUAUAGACUUGAUAUCAUACCCCGGGAUGUGAACAAUGAAUGUCUAAUCUUAAAUUAGUCACGCGGAUCUUUGUGGAAAGGAUGGGAGGGAGGCCAGAGUGCAAAAUGGUAAACAAAAUAGAACGGAAAUUGGUGGGAAUUGAGUAAACAGUGCAAUUUUUCCCAGAUUUUUCUCAAAGGUUUCAAAAUUAGAAUCUAAAAACGUCUCGUCGCUGGACACUCAAAUUUACCAUAGGAUCUGAAGCAAAACACAUUAUUUACGUAUAGCCUGUUAAAAAUUUCAUUAAAUCCUUCAUUUCUCAUUUCUCAUUAGACGCCCAGGAUCUUCAACUUUCCACCAAAACAUUCGAUUUCAUCUGACACUUUAUUUCACAUGUCCUGCUUUCAUUCUCAUUCCCAGUGAGAUGACAAUACAAUGCCGGCAGUAUUAUGCAAACCCAUUAUACUAUAUUUCGACACCUUUCAAUAGAAUAGAAGUUUUCCCCCCCCCCAUAGCAAAAGUACAUAUGGGGAGGAGGAUGUAUGAAUGUCCCUUUUCCGUGAAAGCUUCACCUAACCUCGGCCGCAAUUAUUUUCCAAGCUCGCCCCAGGUCUGGUCCUUCUCGAAAAACCUGCGAGACCUUCAAAAAAGUAUUUGUGUGUUUUCUCGUGUUUUUCCGACCUUUGUCACCAAAAACCUUGACUUUUAUGGGCAAAAUAGGGAAAUUGAAGGAGCGGGGGGGGGGGGGUCAUUAAAGAUGGUGGUGAUGCGAGAGCCAUUUCACAACACGUUGUUUUUCUUCUCUUGUUCGCUGUUGUUUGCUCAUUCUCGGCUUCUAUUUUAUUUUCAUGUUCGCUUCCACUUUCAAGAAUGCCAUGUGUUUUUGUUUGUUACUUCCCAACCAGCUUCUCCUCCCGAACCUCGCUAUUCCUGAGAAAAAGAGGAAGAAGAGGAACUAUUGUGAUUUUAUUGUUCUUUUUUACCCGACUGAUCGUUAUUUUUAGUCUUUCUCAAAGUUUACGACACAGAUCCGGAGGGAAGAAAGAACACAAAGUUCCGAAGAGAACGCGAGAUGAGGAGGGGGAGUGGGAGGGAAGGAAGGCGGGAGCGUUGGAUCCCGAAAGCAACAACAACACAUCACAACGGGCGCGAAGGUCGUUAAUAUUUGGGUGGGCGGGAACCCUCUCUUCUCUCGACCAUGUGUGUGUGACUCAAAAACCGCUGUCAUUCGGAAAACAGUCGGCCUACCAAACUGACGGUCUUCUCUUGUAGCUAUUCGUUUUAGUCCUUUGUACUUGGCAGGUUACUUAGAUAGAUCCUAAGAAGUCGAAGACCCAUAAGCUGCUAGAGGGAGACCAGAGCACUCUAAUUGCAUUUGACAUGGUCAUGGGACAUGUGGACAUGCAUAUCAAAACAAACCCCCCCUUCUAUUUUCCCAUUUCACUGGUCAAUCAUCCGCCUCCCAGUAAGCAGAAGAAGAAGAAGCAAAAGCACCAGAAACCAAUUGUUUACUACGUCCUUUUCUUUCUUCUCGAUAUAUAUCUGGUCUAUCCUUUUCAUCCUGCCUCCCGCCAUUUCAUGACAUGACAUCUGACUCGUGGCCUCACCCAGUAAACAUCUCCCUCCCCACUCCUGGUCUUUCACUUUUCAGUCCCUCCUGACACUCUUGACUUUAACUCACUCGUUUCAGAAUGGGCGAGAUUUCAUUGAACACCCACUACCUCUCCACCAACCGCGGAAUCAUCAAGAUUCUCCAAGUCGUCUGCGGAUUCAUUAUCUGCUCGCUUCUCUGCUCCCAAUGGUGAGUUUACAACAAUGCGGCUACGGUAACCCAUCGUCUUUUUAAAGGUACGGAGGCCGCUCCUGCUUCGGUGAAGGACGUCUCGGAUUCUCGUCCGGACUCAACUUUGUCUGCGUGGUCAUUAACAUCGUUCUGUUUGUCUUGAACUUCCUGAACAUCAGAGCCUGGGGACUGGUUAGUUACUUCUUCCCAAUAAGUGCAUCUUUCAUCCUAAUAUGUUCAGGAGAGAAUCUACACGGUGGUGUGCACCAUCCUCUUCCUCAUCGCCUCGAUCCUCAUGGUCUGGUUCAUCAUCGAAGUCAACUCCUCCCGUGGAUACCUCAUCGCCAGCGCCGCCCUGAUCAUCGUCGAAUUCCUGCUGUUCCUGUGGGACCUCAAGAUUCUCCAAGGAGAGUCCCCGAACUAA